GGGGCCUCUCGGCUGCUGGGCCCAAGCGGACUGGGGGAGGGGAGCGCGGGGCCAAGAGUCUCUGGGAAAAAGCAAAAGGCGGGCGCAAGGCUGCCUCCCAAGCUUUCAGUGCUUACAGUUCCUCCCGUUUUGCUGAGUUGGGCGACGCGACCUCCGGCACAGUAGGAGUCCCAGAAGGAGAGGAGAGACGGAAUGGUGCAGAAGCAAUGUUUGAAGAGACAAUGAGAUGUGGUGCCACAGACUAUCCCACCUACAAAGCAAGCUCCAAAACCUGCUGAGGGGAGGAGUCACAUAUUGGACUUUCCAACAGCCCAGCUUCAAAAGCUUGUUUCCAUUAGCCAUCCAGUGGCACCAUACAGCCUCCAAGUCUCUGAAUUGUAAUUGGCAGCAACAUGAAGACCAUUUUGAACUGCAAUAUGCUAACACCGUGAUGCGCUUUGAUUAUGUCUGGCUUCGAGACCACUGCCGCUCAGCAUCAUGCUACAACUCUAAGACUCACCAGCGCAGCCUGGAUACUGCCAGUGUGGAUUUAUGCAUCAAGCCAAAAACCAUUCGUCUGGAUGAGACCACACUCUUUUUCACUUGGCCAGAUGGUCAUGUAACUAAAUAUGAUUUGGAUUGGCUGGUGAGAAACAGCUAUGAAGGGCAGAAACAAAAGGUCAUCCAACCUAGAAUCUUAUGGAAUGCUGAAAUCUAUCAGCAAGCCCAAGUUCCAUCUGUAGAUUUCCAGAGCUUCUUAGAAACCAAUGAGGGAUUGAAGAACUUUCUGCAAAACUUUCUGCUGUAUGGAAUUGCAUUUGUAGAAAAUGUCCCUCCCACUCAAGAACACACAGAGAAGUUGGCAGAAAGGAUCAGCUUGAUCAGAGAAACCAUCUAUGGGAGGAUGUGGUAUUUCACUUCAGACUUCUCCAGAGGUGACACCGCAUACACCAAGCUGGCUUUGGAUCGGCACACUGACACUACCUAUUUUCAAGAGCCCUGUGGCAUUCAAGUGUUUCACUGUCUUAAGCAUGAAGGAACAGGUGGGAGGACACUGCUGGUAGAUGGAUUCUAUGCAGCGGAACAGGUACUUCAAAAGGCACCUGAGGAAUUUGAACUCCUCACCAAAGUACCAUUGAAGCAUGAAUAUAUUGAAAAUGUUGGAGAAUGUCACAACCACAUGAUUGGGGUUGGGCCAGUCUUAAAUAUCUACCCAUGGAAUAAAGAACUCUAUUUGAUCAGAUACAACAACUAUGACAGAGCUGUCAUCAAUACUGUACCUUAUGAUGUUGUCCAUCGUUGGUAUACAGCACACCGGACUCUGACAAUAGAGUUGAGGAGACCUGAGAAUGAGUUUUGGGUCAAACUAAAGCCUGGCAGGGUCCUAUUUAUAGACAACUGGCGUGUCCUACAUGGCAGGGAAUCCUUCACUGGCUACCGCCAACUCUGUGGCUGCUAUUUAACAAGGGAUGAUGUAUUAAACACUGCUCGUCUCUUGGGGCUUCAGGCUUAGAAUUGACAACAUUAGAAUUAUGAACACACCUGGCACCCUGGCUACCAGAAUUUCAUAUCAGCAAAAUAAUAUUAUGUCAAAACCUGCAUCAAACUGUCUCCUUAUCCCAUCACGCAAAACAGAAGUUGCAACUAGAUCAGUUAAAAAGAAAUGCAUUUUAGGAACAAAGUCUUUAUAAGGCAGCAAUUUGUAAAAUGUUUGGUCUUAAGACACCUUAACAUUCUUAAAAGUCCUUGAGGACCCCAAAGAGUUCUUGGAUUUGGGUUAUAUCUAUUGAUACUAACUGUAUCAAUAGAUACAGUUCUAAGACUGAGCAAUAUUAAAAUUCAAGAACACAAAAUCACACUUCCCUCAGUAUCAGAGAGAUGACAUCAUCACAUGUCAUAUAGCCUUUGGAAAAAUCCUCUGUACAUUUACGAGGUAAUAAGAAUGAAAAAGGUAAAUAUCAUCUUAGUGUUAUGAUAAAAAAUAGUUUUUAAUCCACAGGGCCACUAAAAGUGUCUCAAGGAUCCCUAUCCCUCCAGGUGUCUUCAGACCACUCCUUAAGAACCAAUGGCCUGGAGGAUACCUUAAGGUAAAGGAUGUAAAGGAUCACCUGUGGAUUAAAGAGUUUAGCUGAAAUCCUAGAUUUAUAUCUACAGUGUCCUAGAACUAAGAUAUCGUAGAAAUUGCUUGAUAGCACAAGCUCAGUGAUAAGGUAGUAACUGAAUUCAAACACAGUGUUUUAUCUUACAAGAAGGGCUAUCUCCAUCCAAAUCAUCUCUUGAAGAGUUAAAAUAGGAAGUCACAAUAGCUCCUGUGGAAUAAAUCCACCAGUUCAAUAACUCUGUGAGGGAUAAUUGCAGAAAUAUUUUAGAGACAUCUGAGGUUCCAUAUGAUAAUCCAUAGUCUGUAAGACUGUUCAGUGAACUCAUCAUGACAGAUGUUGUGCCUCCAAAGAACUGGAAAUUACUAUCCAAUUUUGCAUUUUUGCUUUUGAUGGAAUUUAGAAUGCAAUCUGUUUCCUCCAUUUCUGCUGAUCUUUUUUUCUUUACUUAAAAUACUAUACAUGUUAACUGCUAAGAUUUGACUGGGUUAAGUAUAAUACCUUGUUUCUUUUCUUUUUAAUGGCUUCAUUUAUAUAUGGAUGGAGAUACAGAGAGAUGAGUAUGAGGCUUAUUUUCCCCUAGCUUCCAUUGAAAGUGAAACUGUAAAAUAACUGCAUUGACCACUGUAGAAUGAUGAAGGAGAAUCCAGGCUAGGAUGUGCAGAAGAGGGAAAAAAGCACUAUUGGUGAGGAUAGAAGUCACAAAGCAAAGUCAGUACUCUGACAGAGAAGAGAGUCUAAUCUGAUGUUCACAAAAAGUGCCUAGUUCACAUUUAGGAGUUUAUGCAUUAUCUUUUGGACUCACCCAGUGCUCUAAAAUAUGUUCUCUGAAUAUUUCUGCAUUUUAUUUAUACUAUGUAGGAUCUUUAGGCGCCUUCAUGAAAUCUGUUUUCUUUAGGUCAGAGAGGAUUUAUAAUAAAGUCUAGGUCUUAAAGAAUAUAUAUACCUGUUAGCAAUCAGAACAGAAGUAACAUUUUUACAUGCAAUCUAUUCUCCCUACUGUUAGGUACUCCUAAAACAUGUCACCAUUAGUCUUCAUCAGGAUAUUUACCCUUUUUGGAAUUUUGCUUAACUUAGCCUUCAAAAUUACAUUUUAACUGUAGUCAGCAUUAAUUUAUAACAAGCAAAGGGCAUAUUCAGGGUCCUGGAGAGAGAAGGAUACAGAUCAAUCUUCUCCUUCACUGAAGGACUUCCUUUACCUUCUGUUUCCCCUGGGACCUUGAUUCAUUAAUUAUUUCACAGUCACUUUUCUAAAUUUUCAAUCCAUACUUUUCUACAAUAUACUCCCUUCAAAGGAAGAAAGAGAGAAGGGAACUGAGUGCUGAUCAUGAUGCAUUGAAAACUUUCUUUGUGAGAUGUUUCUUUUUUACAUCUUUCUAGUGUCCCUGAAUAUGUACGCCUGAGUCUAUGUCCACCAAGCUCAGCACAUAACAUAGUCAUUUCACAAUACAAAUUUGUUAGAAUAAGGAUAAAUUUAUGAAUCCAUUUCAAACAAAAUUACCAGAUACUACCAUGUUCUCUGUUAAUUAUGUCCUUUUGUGUUUGACAGUUAACCAGCACUGAAUUUUGUUUACCUUCCUCUACAAUGACAAACCAUUCAAGUGUGUUCAGGACUGAAGGAUUUCCUGGACUGCAGAACUUAGUGCUAAAACUGGGAAAGUCCCACAUAAACCCUACCUUCUUGCUGCUA